AUGUUGAACAACACGGCUGAGACCACAUCCACUGAAAAUGGCGAGCUCAAAAACUAUGGUCGCCAACACUCCUCACCUACCGUCAUCAAAGUCGCUCAGAAAAAAGAAUUUGACACACAAGGCUUUGGCAAGGAAGAUUCUUCCUCUUCCUAUUAUCAAUCCGAUUUAGAUGCCAUCAUUUUUAAAUAUGAUAUUCAUCCCUUCUCUGUGUUUGAUAAGAUCGGAAAUGCCUCCUCCUCUGCUACUUCAUCAUCCUUCCAUUCAUCAUCAUCCACUCCCGUUCUCGCAACGGUUCCUCCCCCGCUCAAAGACUUUACGUCGGACCCUGAGCUCGAUUUGGUUCAUCCAUUUUUUUCAGAAGCCAAAAAAAAAUAUCAUAAAUUGGAUGAGGUCUAUCGGGAACAGUUGGAAUUGUUAACGUCGGGAGGUAAGAAGAGGUCGGAGAAGGAGAAGAUUGUGCAAAAAUCGAUGGAUGCAAAGGUUGAUAAGGAAGGAUGGCUGGUGAAGGAAGGUCGGUUUAGAAAAAAUUGGAAAAAGAGAUGGUUUGUGUUGAGUAGUAAUACGUUGAGUUAUUAUACGGCAAAGAAAAAUAAGUUGAAGGGAAAAAUUGUAUUGGAUGGUACUCAAAUUGUUCGAUUUGCCAAGAAUAGAACAGAUGAGUAUAAGGGAUGUCUCGAAUUGUACACUCCCAAAGAUUCUACUUUCACAUCGGAUGGUAUGAACAAUCGUUUCUUGAUUCAAAUGGAUGAUGCAAGCACAAAUAGUGACACCAAUGAAGAAAAUGAUGACGAUGACGACGAUGAUGACGACGCAGUAGGACGAACCUUGUAUUUUGAUGCCGAAGAUGGAAACGAGGAUGAACGUCGUACUUGGUAUAUUGCCAUCAACAACAAGAUUACCAUGUUGUAUUAUACAAAUUUGUGCUCUGGCUCCAUCAAUGAGCAAGUUAUUGAAUUUUUCAACACGACUCACAAGCAAAAGAAAUUCAUAUGCAAGCUCAAACAAGUGGAAGACUUGAUGGCCAUUAAGGAACCUCUGAAAUAUCACGAAUUUUUGCAAACUCUCAUUCUGAAGAAUAAUCCAAAUGUGUUAAAUCUCUCCAUCCUGUGCGAAGCUUUAGCAAUCAACAAAUCGAUCACAAAGUUGGAUAUUUCUGGAUGUGCUAUUAACAAUUUGGAACCUCUUGCUCAAGUUUUACAGACUAACAAAACUCUCUCGUCCAUUAAUCUUUCACAUAACAAGAUUGAUGACGCUCAAUUAAUUGCUCUCUGUGAAGCUUUACCAUCAAGUGGAAACUUGAGAUUAUUCGAAUUGGACUUGUCCUAUAACUUAAUUAGCAAUGAAGGUUGUACAGUCUAUGUGCAAAAAUUGGCUGAUCUUCAUUCUGUAAUUUACAUUGAAACAUUGCACUUGUGCAAUAACAAGUUGUCUGAUGAUGGAGCUCGAGCUAUAGCACAAACUCUACCAAAAUUGAGCCCACAAUUGAAACGUCUUGAUUUGGGAGGAAAUAGCAUUGGAAACGAAGGUGCUGCAGCCCUAAGUGACGCCAUUUUGAAGAUGAACUCUAAAAGCAUGACCAUCAAAUCUGUGAAUUUAGAAAAUAAUUUGAUUGGUUUUGAAGGAACAAGUUUACUAAGCAAAAUUUUGGAAAAAGAAUUGUUGGAAGAAUUAAUGUUUGGAGGCAAUCGUUUGGGUAUCAAUGGUUUGCAAUGUUUGGCAAAAACAGGAAAACAAGACUUCCCCGAGUUGGAAAUUAUUUCCAAGUAG